GAUGGCCGCACAGUUUCGUUCAAAUUUAUGGGAUCCUGUGUUGAUAGUUAGCCAAAUCAUAGCGAUACAGUGUACGUAUUAUGUUGGACUUGGAGUGUGGAUAUUAAUCUUUGAUUUUUGGAUGGGAUCGGUUCAUUCUUUACAUCAAAUCUUUUCUGAUAAGGCUGUAGAUUAUUCUACUACAAGUGGGCGUCUUGGUGCCAUAGCGUUUAUCCUUAAUUCCGUAUUUAGUUCUAUAGGACUUUGGUAUAUUGUUGGAAGAGCUAAACAGUGUCUCGACUUUGCUGCAACAGCGACGAUAGUUCAUCUGGUUUUCUGUACUUUUUAUUUGCACCAUAUCCCUGGCAGCUGGACGUGGUGGAUUGUGAACAUUGUAUGUCUGGCCAUAACGUCAGUUUUGGGUGAAUUUGCCUGCAUGAGGACAGAAAUGAAGGCUAUUCCUAUUUCCACAACGACCGGCAAAUCAAAUAUUUGAUUGAAUUGUGAAUAAAUUAUAUCAAAUGACAAAAGAUAGGCUUUCACUAUGUAAUUGACUGGGAGGCAACCAGAAGUUAGUUCAUGUACAUAUCACUCUUGUAUUUUAUCAAGAUACGUUUUAAUACUGGCUUUGCUUCCCAAGAAUACUGAGUGAAAGCUAACAAACCUAAUGCCAUUCUGAAAUGGCAAUGAUAAGAAUAUAUAUAGAGAUAUUGUGUAUAUAAGAGGUAUUAUAUUUUUUGGUAGAAUUAUGGAAGAAAUGUAUGGUGAACCUGAAGUGUAAUUAAUAAUGUACAGAUAAUGAUAUUUUAACUUUGUUCAAUAGAUUGAGAACUAAGAAAUUCAAAACUAAGGAUUUAAGAAAUGACAUCAAAGGUUUCUGGCAGAUAAUUUGUGUAACCCCUUGGAUAGAUUUAAACCCUUUAAAUCCACGUGUAAAUGAAUGUGUUGUACCCGGUAUGGGGAAUUUUGUCCGGUCGGAUUAAUUUCCA